GUCAGAAGGACGGCGGCAGUCGGCAUCCGCACGCCGCGCCGGCCGCCGCCGCCGGCAGACGUCUACAUGGGUGACCUCUUGACCUGAGCCGCCCGCCUAUGUGACCUCUGACCCCUCAGAACAGGGGCGCCUGUUGCACGUGAAGAACACGUGCUUGCGAGCUUAUAUAACUGGUGUCGACGAUGGUGUCUGUGUGCCUGGUGAUUGUGCUGCUGGGGAUGACCUCUGGAGGUCACGCUCAGGUCAGAGGUCAGGUGGGUGCCACCGGAACGACGCCACAGCAGGGACUCAGGCAACUGGCGCGCUUUAGGUCAAGUUACGGUAAUGCGUGGAGACGUCCAACACCGUCGAUAAGUCUGAGAACAGCUGGCCUGGGCGGCUGUCCACCGGUCCCCAGCGGACUCUACUGCCCCAGACCACCACCGGACGACUGUGAACAGGACUCAGACUGUCCUCUGGGACAGCUCUGCUGCAGAAAAGGCUGCAAUCGACAGUGUACGGAGGCAGCACGGCCGGGCCGGUGUCCGUCGAGUGAGGCGGAGUUGGAGGAACGAGACGCCCUGCUGCGCGAGCUGGUACCGUGCCGACCCAGUCGGCCCGAACAGCUCGAGUGUCCGACCGCGCUGAAAUGCUGCCAGCUGGCCGGCAACCACUUCUGUCUGCCGCCAGUACCGGAGAUCACUGCAGCCGUCCAGGCGGCCGUCGUGGCUGAAGAUCCGACUGCCCCGAAGCCCGGCGGCUGUCCCCACGCACCCCUGGAGCGGCUGAGGUGCCGGCAGCCGAAGCGGAAUCUCUGUCUGUGGGACAGUCACUGUGGGGGCCGCACCAAGUGCUGUCCGAGCGGCUGUGGCCUGGUGUGCCAGCCACCGGCGCGGCCCGGCUCCUGUCCGGCCAUCUCCUGGCACGUGGCCGUCCGCUGCUGGAGGGACGGCAGACCCAAGUGCUACCGGGCCAACGACCACCAGUGUCCGCAGGGACUCAAGUGCUGCCACAACGGCUGUGUCUUCUCCUGCGUUCCGCCAGACGAGGUGCUGUCGACCAAAGCGGGGUUCUGCCCGCCACCCUCCUUCAUCGACGACUUCCGGCCGCCCUGCCGCGGCUCGUCAAGGGUCAACGUUUGCGACGCGGACGAUCACUGUCCGGGUCCGAAGAAGUGCUGCCCGUCGCUCUGCUCCCGGCAAUGUGUACUGCCACUAAUCGAAUAUCGGUGACCGGCGUUGGACGAUGAGUUCUAAAUGAUAGCGUGACAGCCAUAGACACAACAGUGCCUAAGCUGGAGUCAAGAAUCGCAUCGCAAGAGCAAGAUCCUCACGUCGGCGCCUGCACAUGACAAAGUCGACCGCGGACCGAUGGUGUGUUUGUCAGGGUCGGACUGAUGAGAUAUGGGUGGAACAACUGGUGUACCUAUAGCUUGGAUUAUUUGUUUGUUUAAAUGAAGAGUUGUGUCAAAAAAAAACUUUCCAAGCCUAUGGUAGAUGAAACUUGAAAGCCAUUGUCAUUAUGCUCUGAGCGAAGGAAACAAGACAUUUCCUUCGCUUCAAAAGGUCUAUAAAAUGAACCACUCGGAGCUGCAUAUCAGCUUGUAUGGUUCUUCGCAAACUGGCAUCCAGACGUCUAAAAAGACUGGUAUCCAGCCAAAGCUGUAUGAUGAACUGCUGCAGCUGAAACUGUACCUUUGCAGUGUGUACACUGUCUUUUGCAGACUGCUUUAGCAAGUAAUAACCUUGUUUGUUUGGAAAUGUGAAAGAUGUUUGCUGUCAUUCUGAUCUGAGACGCAUUUAGAUGUGCUAUUUCUGUGCCAGCUGCUGCCGAGUAUUGGUAAGUCGUUUGUUGAAUAGUUACGGCAGUUAAGUGGCUAUUGAAAGCGUUUCCAGUUGUACCUUAUUGAGGUGUUUUUGCAGGGUAACACCAGGUAAAAUGUCGUCAUCUGGUUAGUUUCUAGAUUAGUUUUAACAAUUGAAUAUUUGCGACGAAUGAUGAGGUAAAGUCAUCCAUUGUGAUAACACUCGCACCAUUCGUGAUGUGAUACCAGUGAUCAGUUGCUAAUAGAUGUGAAACGGUUUUUAGAAUCUUUAAGAAUUUUAGGAAGUGAUUUUGAUGCGUCUCGUCAGCAGACCAUGAGUGUUAUAUAACGUUUUAACAUUUCUGUAACAACAAUAAUAAACAAGCAAAUACUGCCUCGUUUUAA